CGUAAGAAAGCAGAGAGAGAGAGAGAAUAGAGAGAGAGAGAGAGAGAGAGAGGGAGGAUGUCCUGCUGAAUCAAAGGAGAGGCCUGGGAAAGUCGGCCGGCCGGUCCCUAUCCUUUCCUUUACAGCAGCUCGCUGUAGACAGACGACACUUUUUUUUUUUGUGGAGUUGACCGAGAAGGAAAAAGACUGAGAGGACGUCGGACUCUCUCUUCCCCCCCCUCCUCCUCCUCCUCCUCCGCGUGCACAAAAAGAGCCGCACAGCGUUUGUUCUUUUUUCUUUCUUUCUUUUUUUUUUACCGGAUGGUUUUUUUUUUCUUCUUCUCCCGUCUGUGGUCGAUGACACUCGCCGUGCACGGAUAUGAUUCCCGGGGAACAAGGCCCCCGUGCACUGACCUGAUUUACUAACCAAGCGGACGAUUGCACAGAGUUUAUAACUACAAAGUGGAGCCUUAACCGAGGAGGAGAAAAUCAAAGAAGAAGAAGAAGAAGAAGAAGGAGGAGGAAACACCUCCACCUCCCAUAUUUUGUGGAAGCUAUCGCACUUAUUCCUCAUGAACAUACAGAGGUCAACUCCAAUUAACAUUUCACGUUAUGGGAGAUCGCGGCACAAAUCGCACGACUUCGAAGAAUUGUCUUGCCUGAGGACCGCAGAGUCGCACCAGAGCUUCAGCCCCAACCUCGGGUCCCCCAGCCCGCCGGAGACCCCGGACUCCUCGCACUGCAUCUCCCGCAUCGGGGACUACCUUUUGUUGGAGCCGCUGGAGGGAGACCACGUUUUCAGAGCCGCACACCUGCACAGCGGGGAAGAGCUCGUAUGUAAGGUUUUUGACAUUGGCCGGUACCAGGAGUCGCUGGCGGCCUACUUCGCCCUGGGCCAGCACCAGCACAUCAACCAAAUCCUGGAGAUCUUGCUCGGGGAGACGAGAGCCUACGUGUUCUUCGAGAGGAGCCAUGGCGACAUGCACUCCUUCGUCCGCACCUGCAAGAAGUUGCGGGAGGACGAAGCCGCCAGACUCUUCCACCAGAUAGCCUCGGCCGUAGCACAUUGCCACGACAACGGGCUGGUCCUCCGCGACCUCAAACUGAGGAAGUUUGUCUUCAAGAACGAGGACAGGAGCCUCGUGAAGCUGGAGAGCCUCGAGGACACUUACAUCCUGGCCGGUCACGACGACUCCCUGUCAGACAAACACGGCUGCCCGGCGUACGUCAGUCCCGAGAUCCUCAACGCCAACGGCAGCUACUCGGGGAAGGCGGCCGACGUGUGGAGCCUGGGCGUCAUGCUGUACACCAUCCUCGUGGGGCGCUACCCCUUCCACGACGUCGAGCCCGGCUCCCUGUUCAGCAAAAUCCGCAGGGGCCACUUCAACAUCCCCGAGACGCUCACGCCCAAGGCCAAGUGCCUGAUCCGCUCCAUCCUCCGCCGGGAGCCCGCCGAGCGCCUCACCUCCCGGGAGAUCCUGGAGCACCCUUGGUUCGCCUCCUCCGGAGCGCUAGGGGGCGCCGUGGCGCACGGCAGGGGCGAACGGGAGCAGGAGCAGAUGGUGCCCGAUGUGAACAUGGAGGAGGAGCUGGAGCAGUUCUUCAGCUGAGCAAACGCCAAGCACAACAACAACAAAACAACAACAACGGAAGACUCCCGCCACGGUCGGCUCGCAGCCAAGAGCCCGAAAAACGGUAGUUUAGAGAUUACUAGGUGAACAUUUGUCUCGUGAUAAAGGUCGUUUCCAUCCCGUGUCCUUCUUCCACCAUUUCAUGGAAAACCUUGAGCCCGGCAUGACAAAUGGCAUCUACACGUCAACCUGGCGACGCCGGCUCCCGCUCGGGGAAGUCGCCGCCAGACAUGCAAGUUGCAAACAAUGUAGCAAAUGUUUGUUUGUUCUUUCUUUUUUUCUUUUUGGGGGAUCUGUUUUGGUUUUAAUGUGGUGCCCAUAAAUAAAAAAAAAAAAUAAAAAAAAAAGUAGACACAUUCACCAUUUUUUGACACUAUGGAAAGCAUGAAGGGACAAAAAGAACACAGAGGAGAACAAUUCAAACCGAAUUGACACGUUUUUUUUUUUUGGUUAUAGCUUUUAGGUGUCAAAUUGAACCACAGACCCAGGGUCAGGAUUCACAACCCCAACUUCUAUUAAUACAACAAGGUGAUCAUCCCCGACCUGGGACCAUUGGGUAAUAAAUGGAGCACCUUAGGCUCCCCCCCUCCUCCUCCUCAUCAUCAUCAUCAUCAUCAUCAUCAUCAUCAUCAAACAGUGAUGUUUCAAAAACAUCACUGUCUUUUUUUUUCUUAAGCGAUUCCACAGUGUUGCUCCUGCUGCUUUUAUAUCACUCCCGAAACCUCAACUGGUUCUUUAUUUUUAUUUUUUUUUAAUCUGAAAGCCUCCAAACAUGGCGUAAUGCACUCGAUGGACAAUUUCAAAAAUUAGCUUCCUCUUAUUUAAAUUAAUUCUUCAGUUGUAGGAACGAGAACGUAACAUUUAUUUAAAUUGUAACAGCUAUAUAUAUAUAUAUAUAUAUAUAUUAUAUAUAUAUAUAUAAAUGAAUAUAUAUAUUUAAAACUACAUUGCAGGGUUUUUCUUUAUUCAGAGAUUCCUUUUUUUCAUGUAUGAUGUAGGCAAUAUCUUGACACAGGACAGACUCAAAGAGGAAAAUGUCUCGUCUGAAGUUUUUUGGGAUGCACUUCUUCUUCUUCUUCUUCUUCUUCUUUUAAGCCAGUAUUUCCCGACUGCCCCCCGCGCCGCCCCGGUCUCCCUGGUUUUCUUUUCUCAAAAGCUCGAUACGAGAUAUUCAGUGACGGUAUUGCCGCGACAUGUCCUCUCCAGGACCCCCGUGUUUGGUCUUCUACUGCCUGCUUAGGUUCUGUAGGUUCUGUGGAGCGGGUACCCGUGGACAUGUUUUGUCGUAUCUCAAUGUUACUUGAAUUUGUGUUUUUUAAAUCUAGUCCAUUGGCAUGUGCCCUAUGAAUGCUAUAGCCUGCCUAGCAGU